AUGGCCUCUGCCAGGUACGGCAGUGACCCCCAAUCGGCCGGCGCUGCCGCUCUCUCGUGGCUGCUGGGGGAGCGGCGGUCAGACGGUGGCUGGGGGGACGGCACGGCCGCGGCAGUCAUCGCACUGAACCUGGCUGACGGCAGUGGUCUGGGCCGGACCGAUGGUCUGGGCCGGACCGAUGGUCUGGGCCGGACCGAUGGUCUGAGCCGGACCAGUGGUCUGAGUCGGACCGAGCAUCAGCUGGCCGAGAAACAGCUGCAGAUUGAACUGCUGGCCGCCAUCUGGAGACAGCACCAGAGUCCGGUAACUCCGGUGCGGCUGGCCGAGUACGUCACGGCGCUGGUCAGCUCCUGUGUGGACGUCACCCGGUUCCAGGGAAAGGACCUGACAGCCAUGAUGCGUCACCGUGUGGCCGCCGACGACUCAGCCCUGCCGUCUGUGGAGCUGGCCGCCUGCUUAGCCGGGGCGCCGCACCGACGCAGGAACUAUCUCCGACUGCUAACAGCGGUCGAGGGCGAGCGAGCGGCUAACGUCAGCACAGAGACACUGGCUCUGGCCGUGCUAACCCUUCGCUGUAUGGAGGCGAGGGGAGGCCGGCGCACGGAACACCACUUGACGGAGACGACCCGGCGACUGGCGGGGAGACAGCGGGCGGACGGCGGCUUCGGAGACCUGCAGACUACACUGCUGGCCCAUCAGGCGCUGACUGCUGUGGCCGCCGCCGGCUGGGACUCGGCAGCCUCUCUGCGGUUCAUUCUCUCCAAACGGCACGGCUCACUGGGUGACGUACGACUGACGGCGACUGCUGUCGGAGUGCUGAGUGGAAAGUCACUGCUGCACGUCACAGACACACCGUGCCACCGCGGACAGAUAGUCGGAGAAACUGCGCCACUGCCAUCUGACGGCGGGCGGGCGAACUCCGAGUUACCUCCGCCGCCGCCGCCGCCGCCGCCGAUCGAGGUGACCCUGUGGUUGUGGAUCGGCUCGGAGCCCGACCUUAUCUAUCGUCAGCUGGUAUCUGUGCAGCAGAACGCCAGUGUGUUCGAGUGUCUGCAGUUGGCCGCGCAGCUCAACAGUCACUUUCAAUUCUCCUCUGAGCUCUGGCCCAACGGUCACUACAUCCACACCAUCGACGGCUACCGAGAGCGGAAGGAGGGCUACCGUUUCUGGCUGCUCUACACCCUGAACAGUGCCCCUGAGCCGGCCUACAAGCCCACAGAGCGGGAGGUUCACGGAGUAGGUGUUGACCGACUGCAGCCCCCCGAUGGAAGUCACGUGCUGUUUUGGUACCGGGAGAUGUAACAAGGCCUCCGACUGACCAGCGACGACUGUUAGUUGUUACGUCUCACGAGAGCGUCCACAACUUGUCAAUUCGUCCCGCAGCCAGCCAGCGGCUUUGGCUCGUUUGUUAGUCUCCUGCUGUUAGGCGUGGUCUUCAGUAUUUGCAAUGCAUAUUUUUGAGCAUAUGUAUAUGAAACCAAAGCAAUGGUUCAGUAUCGCUUUGAUUAUGCCAUGGAUGUUGUCGGACGUUCCCCGAUUAUGCCAAGGUCUUUGGAAGCGUUCCGCCUAUGGGAAGCUUGCUUAGGGAGAGGAAUAGGCACGGGGCGCAAUAUGUCAAAUGAGGCACCGACUGCUGCCUACUGGGGGAACGUGCAUCGGUUUCGCUUGAGCUUGUUUAUCUGCUGAUAGUCCUCUCUGGUCACGGCAUUGAUUGCAAGAGCAUUUAUUAGCUGGAGAAUAUGUAGAUGUGUGAAGUUGCAAGGGCUCCGCCUGUUGCCACCUCGCUGGACGCUGGUUAAUAGUCAGUGCGUCACGUUUGGCUUUGCCCCGGCUUUGUCUCAAGACACUCGACUCGAUUUGAUGAAAGUUUCGUCCUUUUGCCGGAUUCUCUUUCUCGUUCCUCUUUCUGGAUCCAUGGGACUGGGUUCGUCAUUAUAAGUUGUGCUGCGAUCUUAUGUGCCACUCUAAGUAUGUGCCGCGAUCUCAUGAUUGGAUCUCAUUCAACUUGUCAGCCUUCGCAGUACGAGUGUGAACGCCUAGCUGUACGCACUGAAGGUUCACAGUGGUGCCUGAAACCUAUGCCUGGUGCGUUUUGCAGAGCUGAUUGCCUUAUAGUGAGCAGUCGGCGCGUCAGUUGUGUUACUGCUACUGUGCUGUGGGGCUUGACGCUGUGUAAAGCUAUUGCGUAAGCCAAGCUUUUGUAGUGGUAAAAUGGCUUACAACUCCGCCCGUAUGCUUUACCUUGUUUGUGGUGACCAAUGCUAUAAGCACAGGCAAUAUAGUGACUACAGCGCC